UCUCGAUGUAAACAAUUCACGACGGUAGGUAGGCAAAAUCUGCCUUUAAAAACUUGAUUUUCUCCGUAAAUCCCAACUUCCAUGCGACGCAACAUCGAUAUAUGAUGUUUACAUGAUAUAUAGAACCUAUGGUGAGAAUAUUGUUGACUACUAAGUCUAUGCAAUGGUUAAGGUGAUAUUUUACUGGACUAAUGCUGUUCUGCAUUGUUGUCUCAGCAUAAUGUGUAACCAAACCACAAACAUUUUAUAAUCAUGGGUACACAACUGUUAUUUGUAUGCUACGGCAAUGGCUGAUUGGUUAAGAAGAUAAUAUGGAACUACUGUUCUCUAAAACCAUUUUGGUCUGUUGAAUAUUGCAUCAGCACAGUAUACCGAGGUGCCUAUUAGUUGGGUACUGCAUCCUGCUUGGUAACCUAAUGAAAGCAAGUAAAAUUCAGCCAUGACAGGCCACGAUAAGAUACGUCGAGCGAUGGAUGAAGUUGCCAAUCUAACCAUCAGAUUACAAACGACUAGUAGGUUGGCUAGUAUUUCUCAAUGUAGAAUUACUAAUGAAAUGUUUAAACAAGCAUCAAGAUUGCAAAAGUGGUCAUACCAGCUGUACUCUACUGGAAGUAUGCAAGAAUGCUUUCCUCCUAACGCCAAUGGUGAUGCAGACACGAUGAUAUGUAAGACAUAUUAUCCAUUAGUGCUGUGGAAAUCCCAAGAAAACGAAAGAGGGUCAUUUGUAAUGGCGGAGCAAGAUCCAGAUCGUCCUGUGUAUUUGAGGCUUAAAGCAGUUGACAAAGACUGUCUGCAUGAGGAUUUCAAAACCAUCGUUAAUGAAGAUGGAUAUUUGAAAACCAGUGAUUUUAUAAAAGUCACUUAUUCAAAUAACCCUAUGCUUAAUGCGAAAAACUAUAAAUCUCAGAUGAGACAUGGCCCCUCAAUAGAAACUAAGCUAGGUUCAAGCCAUAUGAUGGAUGUAGUACAGUGCUUGAAAUGUCAGUCAUGGCCUCCAUUCAUUAGUAAUUUUUUUACCAGAAAGAGGCUGAACAACUGGCCAUAUCAAAAGUUGUUAGACAAGGUCAAAGGUCUAGAAUGUCAUGUAGUUGCUGUUGGAUACCCAGGUAGCGAGUCAUAUGAUACAGAAUGGAGAUUGUCACUCUCCGUAGCUGAGAGAGAACUUCUUACUGAAAUGUAUGAACCAUAUGCUAAGUGCAUGUAUGCCCUGAAAUCAAUCAAGAAAAAGUACAUAUUUUACAGUGAUUCUGAUAAACCAACACCAUUCUGCUCGUAUUUCAUAAAGACCGCUUGCUUGUGGAUGUGCGAAAGAUUUCCACAUACAGAUUACAGUGUCAUGGAUUUAAUAAGGAAAGUUCUAGAUUGGCUCAUUGACUGCUAUCAACACAAACAUCUGCCUUAUUAUUUUAUUCCACAACACAAUUUGAUUGGUCAUCUCUCAAUGGAACAUUGUGACAAUGUAAAAGAAACACUGACAGCAAUUAAGAAAAAUCUUUGGAGAAAGGUUUUACUCAGUGUCGAUAGUGAUACGACAUUUGAUGGGCGUUCAUCAUUAAACUUCAUGUGUGAUGAACUGAAUGUCACUAGAGACGAUGGAGAUGAAUACUCAACUCUAGAGACCACACUCCUAAACCACUCACAGGCAACAGUGACCAUUGAAGGCAUGUGUUUUGUUUUGCGAUCAAUGAUUCCUUCACAAAAUCAAUUAGAAAUGGCGCGAUUGGCUGUAUAUAACGAUCUUUCUUUAAUUGAAUUAUUUGUGAAACACAUGCUAGAGGAUCCUUUGAAGAAUUUCAGUAUUCCAGCGAAAAUCAUACUGCCAAUAAUUGAAAAUAUUAAAGAGAUAGUGCCAAAGGGAUAUGGUGAAAUGUUCAAAACAAGUUUGUAUAGAUACUUAGGCAAUACUUGUACACAUUUAUUGGUAUGCUUAAGAAACAGUAAACCGUGUAUGUAUGACAUAGCUCUAGCUGUCUUUCAGAAUACUCCUCUUCAGUACUACACCGUUGUAGGAGCUAAAAUGAAUUUCCCUGACAACUACAGUGAUGAUGGCAUAGGUGGUAAAGUCCUUGUGGUAAAAUACCAUUAUAUAAUGCGGAACUACAAAGAAUUGAAGCAGAUGUGCGACUCUAUUCUCUUGGAUUGUUUUCUUAGAAAAAAGAACUGUAGGCUUGCUAGUGUGGAAAUAACAAUGUUAAAGUCAUCAACAAGCCUAUAUUCUGCCUGGGAUGUUGAUGAAAUGUUGCUUUACUGUGCCAAAAGUUCAAGUAAAGAAAUGCAGUUUUGUCAUCCAAUCAUACUUAUACUUUACAUUAAAGCCAGAGUAUUACUUAUUGAGGGAGACACAGAGAAUGCAUUGAAUGCUGUGAAAAAGAUGAAGGAAAGUAUGGAUAAUAUUAUAGAUCCUUUUUAUCAUCAUGUGAGCACCAACAUGUUUAUAGCAAUCAUUGAAAGUCUUGUAGGCCUUCUUGGGGUAAUGCGAAGAAUAGCCUAUAAUGGGGAAAACAUACAAUAUGCCUGAAAUUAGUAUUAAAUUUAGAAACAAGAUCAUAACCCAUACAACAAACACAAUGAUUAUGCUUCUCAAUACUGAUAAUUCACCAUGACGUAAAGAAACGGGCAAAAACAUAAUGCUCUAAUUAAAGGUAGUCACAACUUGCUCGCAAAGUGUGGGUGUAUUACUACCACUGUUUGACACAAUUCAUAUAUCACACAUCAUACCUGAUCUAUGCACUUGGAACUUGGACACCAAACCAACUUAUUUGACACCUUAAUUUUAAUUUUCUUUUCAAAAAUAACAUUCAACGAGAGAUGGUAAUGUUGUAAAGAAUAAUUAAUCAUUCAUUUGGCAUUGGAAGAUUUUGCUUAUCAUUAAGCUCAUAAAGACAAAGAUUUGAACUUGUUAAAACUGUCAUUUUCUUGGAAAAUCCAAGCCUCAAUAAAUAAAAAACAUUUCAUUCCAUGGUCAACUAAAGUAGAAUUAAUCAUUAUGGAAUAUGAAACCGUUCACAUUGAAAAUCCUCAUGAUUUUAGUAUGCUUAUGAGGUUAGAGAAGCAUGUCAUCCCUCAUGCUUUCAAUGCUUUAGCAAAUUAACAUGACAUUUCUUCACCUUGGUGGAUCAGCAAUGUAGUGAAAUGAUAUUAAAUGAUAUUAAUUCGGCCGGUUAAUGUUAAUUAAUUAAUUAAUUAACCUACAAUACUACCUAGUACUUUAACACUGUAUAUUUAAAUGGGACAGGGACAGGUACAUUAUACCCUGAAAAGUUUUAACGACAUUCACCCUGAUAAGAUAGAGGAUGACUAUGUUGACUUCGAACUAAACUAUGUCUAUACAAGGAUAGUGGGCUGGUGCCUGAUUGAUGGGGAAAGCCCUUGUAUUUCUAAUGUGUCACCUGCCAAGAGCCACUGUGUGUGCGCUGAACCGUGGCGAUCUCUAGGUCCCCGGUUCAAUUCCCAUCGCUGUCUCUCCUUGUAUUUCAGCUGGAGGGCUGAAAUACAAGUUAUAAGUCUUUCGGAUGAGACGU